AUGCUUUAAUGUGAAAGUUGACUUCAAUGGGAUUUCCGGUGAUUUACACCGAUGUGCAUGUGCCCAGCGUCAUCGUUCAAAUUCUUUCCAUAAUGUGCUUUCUGAGAACCGUCUUUUUCUCCAUCUUCGCCUCUCUAGGGCUCACGGAGGCAGAAUCUCCUGAACUAGAGGUAUAUUUUCAUGAGAGUUCAGCUGGAAUUGGAAACCAGUCCGCGGAUUCAAUGUUGAUUCGGGAGCUUCUGGAGAUGGCGAAGUUCUCGGAGGUCGACGGCGGAGAAGAUAUGCUGGAAAGCUGCGUGGUGUGUUUGGGCGAGUACGAGAGCGGGGAUGAGGUCAGGUGGUUGAGGAACUGCAAUCACGUUUUCCACCGGAGAUGCCUGGACCGUUGGAUUGACAACGGACGGAAUACGUGUCCUCUAUGCAGGGCGUCGCUUGUGCCACGUGAGUUGCAGGAGGAGUUCGAUAAGCGGCUCCGGGCUGUUUCCGUCAUCAGUCGUGAUAUCAGUACUGAAUUUAACUCAGAACUACCGCAUCCUGUCUCCUUCUCCUCAUAAAGCUCCUUUUUUUUUGCCGAUUUAUUUUGAGAUCUACACGAUUGCACGUACGU